CGGUUCCUUGGUUUGGAGAGAGAGAGAGAGAGAGAGAGAGAGAGAGAGAGAGAGAGAGAGAGAGAAAAUAAAAUAAAAAAAAUGGGGAGAAGAUGGCGAGGACCUCAGGCUGGGGAACCAUGAAAGAUGAAGUGAAACGACCAGUUGAAUGUUGCCACUAUGUGUGGUCGUGUGAUUGAGCUGGGCUCCUCCACAUGGGAUCUCUCUUCCUCCUACUGACUUGCCGUAGUUGCCCCAAUUUCACCAUGAGACGAUCUGUCAGGUGCUUGACCUCUGUGCCCUCAUACUGGCACCAUUGUUGUGCCGCGUGAGCGCCCCCUCUCCUCCGGCAGUUACUGCACGGAAUGGCCUCUCUGGACCUGCCAUACCGCUGUCCUCGCUGCGGGGAGCACAAGCGCUUCCGAAGCCUGUCGUCCUUACGUGCCCACCUGGAGUACAACCACACGUACGAGACCCUCUACGUCCUCUCCAAAUCCAACAGUGUGUGUGAUGCUGCUGCUCUGCUGCCACUAGUGGCUGAGGGAGCCCUCCUCACACCUGCCAACAACAACGACCCCUUUGAACCCCUUCGGCCUUCGGCUUUAAAGGAACGUCGCUUCCCUUGCCGUGAGCUUCCCUGUGCGGACGACCUUAGUUUGACCCCGGCUAACUCAAACACUGCAGCCAGGUAUAUUCCCAAUGUGGAGUUCCCCCUGGGGGAGAUUUUUAUGAAGAAAGCCAUGACAUCCGCAGACCCAGGUCCUCAUGGAAACCCCAGCACAGCUGUAGCAGUGGCAGCCAAUGUAGCGGCCAGUGCAGUGGAGGCAGCCUAUGAGGAAGGCCUGGCCAGGCUGAAGGCACGGGCGUUUGAGCGGCUGGAGCUGGAUGAAAGGCUGGAGAAGCUGUCUGAAGAGGUGGAGCAGAAAAUAGCGGCCCGCGUAGGUCGUCUUCAGGCAGAGCUGGAGAGGAAGAGCUCUGAGCUUGAGCGGGCCAAGCAGGAGAGCGAGCAGCUGAGCCAGGAGAAACAAGACCUGGAGGACAAGGCCUCCGAGCUCUCUCGGCAGGUGGAUGUCUCUGUGGAAAUGCUAGCCAACCUCAAACAGGACCUGGUGAACAAGGAGGAGGAGCUUACUCAUAAACAACAGGAAGUCGCCCAGAUUGACCAGUUCCUUCAGGAGACGGCGGCACGUGAAGCCAAUGCCAAAGUGCGGCUGCAGCAGUUCAUUGAGGAGCUCCUGGACCGAGCGGACCGCGCCGAAAAACAGCUGCAGAUCAUCAGCAGCUGCGGCACCACACCGAACGGCAGCCUGGGACGCUGCAGCCUCCAGGCCUCAAAAGGCAACGGACGCCAGAGAAACUCCAGCCUCUCUGGGAGCACAAGAGGCAUGUACCAAGUGUCAGACCGGCGUUCCUCCCCCAGCACAGGAGCAUCAGGGCGGAUCAAGUCCGUCUCACAGGGCUCUGGAGGUUAUGACAGUGACAGCGUGGAGAUGCAUCCCAUGGAGGAGUGUCCCGAGGCUCAGUACUAUCACAUGCAAUGCCGGCUGGGUGAGGGGGGUUAUGAGCGCUCCCCUGGAUGUGGCGGUGGUGGAUCAAGGAACUGGGGGCUUCGUAAACAGGCUAUCCAGAACUGGCAGCGGCGACCUUACAGGAACAGCACUGAAGGCGAGGAAGGAGACGUGUCAGACGUGGGCUCCCGGACCACCGAGUCUGAGGUGGAGAUGUGGGAACAAGAGAGGAGAGCUGUGGCUGAAGUCCAGCAGUCAGCCGCUCCCUAUCCUCACCACGGCAGGGCGGGAUAUCGCCCUAACACAGGUCGGUCUGAUGGGGUCUACAAGCCAUGCCGCCAUGAAAAGAGCCCGUCUAAAUCCAACGAAGUGAUCAGUCCAGAGAUCCUGAAGAUGCGUGCAGCUCUCUUCUGUAUCUUCACCUACCUGGAUACUAAAACCCUGCUGAGAGCUGCUGAGGUCUGCCGUGACUGGAAGUUUGUGGCCCGUCACCCAGCCGUGUGGACCAGAGUGCUGCUAGAGAAUGCUCGCAUUUCUUCCAAGUUCCUAAGUAUAAUGUCUCAGUGGUGCACUCAGACGCACUCCCUCAUCCUGCAAAACCUCAAACCAAGACAGCGGGGAAAGAAGGAAACCAAGGAGGACUAUGUGAAAAGCACACGUGGCUGUCUGGAGGAAGGUCUGGAGGCGUUGUUAAAGGCCACAGGAAGUAACCUGCUGAUAUUGAAGAUUUCACACUGCCCCAACCUGCUGACAGAUCGCUCCCUCUGGUUGGCCAGCUGCUACUGCCGAGCUCUGCAGGCUGUCACCUAUAGGAGUGCCACAGACCCAGUUGGUCAGGAGGUGAUCUGGGCCCUCGGAGCAGGUUGUAGAGACAUCAUCUCCCUACAGGUGGCGCCACUACACCCAUGCCAACAACCUGCUCGUUUCAGUAACCGAUGCCUGCAGACAAUUGGAAGAUGUUGGCCACACCUCCGCGCUCUUGGUGUGGGCGGGGCUGGAUGUGGCAUUCAGGGCCUGGCCUCUCUAGCGAGGAACUGCAUGCGCCUGCAGGUGCUGGAGUUGGAUCAUGUGAGCGAGAUCAACCAGGAGGUGGCAGCAGAGGUUUGCAGAGAGGGCUUGAAAGGUCUGGAGAUGCUGGUGCUCACCUCCACACCAGUUACCCCCAAAGCCCUGCUCCACUUCAAUAGUGUUUGCCGCAACCUGAAGUCCAUCGUGGUUCAGAUCGGUAUAGAAGACUACUUUGAGGACCCCAACAGCCCUGAAGCUAGAAAACUCUUUGAUGAGAUGGUUAAUAAGCUGCAGGCUCUGAAGAAGAGACCCGGCUUCUCCAAAAUCCUCCACGUGAAAGCAGACAGUCUCUGCUAACAUCUUUUGUGCAGAUUCUUCGACUCUUGGAAAGGCGCCAUCUUGGCUCCAGUCAAUCAAAAAGAUCCAGCUGUUUUGAGCCCACUCCGCUGGGUUUGAAUACGUCUGCAGCACCGACAGAAACAACAGAAGAUCGCCAUGAUGAACAGGGGGCCGAGGCUCAAUGUGCAUAAUCCUCAAGUACAACCUUCAAACAGAAAAAACUAAUUCACUAUUCCAGUAAGGGGAAAUCAGUAUCUCCCUCAUGUUGACUGAAACCAGUCAGGAGGCUUAUUUAGGCUAACAAUGGCACUUAUAUAUCACACAAAAGGCCCGUCUAAUACUUCACAGACUCAAAUAGCCCAACAAAACUAUCCGAUUCCUCUUUCUCAGUCCUUUUUUGCUUUCACCGUAAAAAUGGAUCGUGUCGUCGCACAGAGCCAGAUCCAUUUCUUGAAACGCCUGGAGCCAGGUGACAGCGCUGUAUUUAACUGUCUGCAUCUACAUUGUGCUUGACAUAUACUUAAGACUACCUUCAACACCAUCAGCUCGUGUGGGCAGGAGCACAUUAUAAAGCAUACAUACUUUCCGCAGAAGUACAAGAUUAAGAGUCUUGAGACAGGCGCUUUGUGUUUGUGUGCGUGCGGAUGUGUGAAUGCAUACAGCUGAGGAUUUAAUAAAUGGUUUUCAAACCUGCCUGACCCGAACUACUAUGUGUUGGAGCAGGACAACGGACAACUUUCAACACUUACUGCUUCCCACCCAGAACAGAAACAUGCUGCACCAGCUCCAGUGGAGAGAGCAAGGACAGCACUCCCUGUAACACGCAGACCUUGACAGUCUUUUAGCCACUGCAUGGCAGCGAUGCAUUUAGCCUCUUCUACCGUCCUCUGCUUCCUCAUGUGAACAGCAUCGUGUCACAAACCUAGACUUUUCGAUGGUUGUAGUAUCUUUAGACGGAAGAUGAUCCAUAAUGCAUUUCUCUCAAAAAACUGGUGCCAUUUGUAACAGUGUCUGUCCUCAUUCCAGUGAGUUUUCUCCAAUGUGCCAUUUGUGAGGGAGGAGGGACCAUGUAAGCGGUUUAAUCUCUUCAAAUCAAAAUUAACUUACAUUAUUGGAAUUUGACUUGAGUGGAAGCAGCUCUUACUGAACAUAAGGGUUGUUGUGUUUCAUAUGGAACAUGGUCUCCAGGUGUAUACAGGUGUUACAGUGUUUAUAUAUCAUACUAAACAGUGCCAUUCCUAUAAGUAGUGCUUGCCAUGGCUGAAGCCCUGAACAACUUUCAGCUGUCAUCCUCUGGCUCCCUCUGCUGGGUUUUCUGAGCACUUACACAGCCAAUGACCAGCUGGUGUGAUAUAACACUUUGUACUCUUUGCAGCAUGGAACAUGUGUUACCUUUUACUAUUUUGCAGAACUCAAAGCCAAGGGAUCAGCUCUUCAGUAUCACCUUCAAAUUAGGAGUUUGAUUUGGUGCAAUUCAUGGCGACAGUUUAGUUCAGGGUACGUUGCAGAAAAUCUCAAUAAGUAUAAGUAGCAAUACUUACCAUGGCGACACAUAUUGUUCACUUCUCGUGCUGCAGACAACUUAAAGGGGAGAUCCAACAAUCAAGAUCAGUUUAAAUAUAUAAAGAGUACUACUCAGUCUGUGAACAGCUGUAAAUGUCUUCUAUGGGCUCUGGAGGAGCUUUGUCAAGUCUGAAAAUAAUCUUCAUAAUAUCAGUCUUAUCUCAGCUUUGAAAUUACAAAUUUGCAACACAGAAACCUGCAUUACAAGCUAGCGACAUGUUUGAAAAAUGUGUUUACAAGGCGUAGAAGGUCGAUAGAAAAGACUCAGUAGGAAGGGAAGGAUCCAGAAUGUUUGUAGCUUGACCCACACUAGGGACCAAAAGUCAAGAUUUUUCUGCCUCUGAUGCACCGUUUUUUAAAAAUCAGUCACUUUAUGAAAGUGCAAUACAAAAUCACUGGAGUACCCCUUUAAACAGAGCUCGUGUUAGACGCUUACAAUCACAUUGAUUCAAAGAAAUCAUGCACACCGUUUUGAAACAGGUUGAAAAAUGAUUCACACAUAAGGCAGAAAUUUACGUCUCUUCCCCUCGCGACACGCCUACCAUAGGUUGCUUAAAGGUCCAAUGUGUAACAUUUAGGAGGAUCUAUUGGCAGAAAGGGAAUAUAAUAUUCAUAGGUAUGUUUUCAUUAAUGUAAAAUUACCUGAAAAUAAGAAUCAUUGUCUUUUUGUUACCUUAGAAUGAGCUGUUUUUAUCUACAGUAGGAGCAGGUCUUCCUCUACGGAGACCGCCAUGUGAACCACCUUGUUUCUACAGUAGGCCAGAAAGGACAAACCAAACACUGGCUGUAGAAAGGGCCUUUUAUGUUUUCACUAAUGUUGCAACCACUGUAGUCUCUCCUACAUGCUUGGAAGGCGAGCGCCCUUUAGUUGGUUGCAAUCUGCAACUUCACUGAUAGAAGCCACUAAAUCCUACACACUGGUCCUUUAACAAGUUGUUCGUUUUUACCUGGCACACUUCAUUUGUCACAAGGCAACUAGCCUUGUCUCUGCAACACAUCUUAACAUUCGUGGGCGGUGAUUUCAACAGAGCAAGGUGACAGUUUCCAGGAAUGCUGAGGAGGUGUCAUGUGGGCUCUAAAAUUCAAAAACUCACUGACGAGGAGAGCUAUGAGCUGCUGUUUGUGGUCUCUGCUUCAUUGUCAAAAAAAUGUUUAUGAGGACUUGUGUAGCUGCAUAUUGUAGUGAUGAUGUUGCAGGUCAGUGUGUGAGAACAGUUGUGGAUGUGCAUUUCUUCAUGUUCUUCCAGUACUGCGUAUUAUUAUCCUACACUGGGACUGAUUGUCUGCUCGGUUUUCAUUGGGGGAGAUGUGUUUGUGGGAAAGGUGUAAAACUUUGCUGACACAACAGAGAAAAACACAAAGCACUUGUUGAUUUUGAGUUUUAGACAAUCCUGCCUUCGCUAUCAGCUACUCUGUACAUAAUGUUUGUAAAAAACAACAACAACAAAAGCCAGAAAAAAAAGGACCAACAUUUGAUGUUAUAUAAUAUUAAGGUCAUAACUAUGAGUGGAAAAAGUUGAAGUUUACAGUUCUUCAUUCUGUAAGCAUUUUCUCUCCAAAGGUGAAUGAAAGAUAAACAUAGAGAAUUAUAUUAUGUAUAACAUUAGUGUUGAAAUUGCAGUUGUGUAUUAGAUACUUUAUAUUAAAUGUGCAUCAGAGUCAUAUAGAGAUGGAAAUUAUUUAAGAAGAGGAUAAAGAUGAUAAUUCAGCUAUUUAUUUCUAUAUAAAAAAGAGCGAUGUGUAUAAUGUUGGCAUGUUUGUGUUCAAGCAUCAAUCAUUAAGUUGCCUUCUUAACUGUUCUGCUACUGUGACAAGAAAAUUAUUAGAUGUUUAAAGAGCUUUGAUUGCCUGCAGGUUAAUAACGUUUCUCUUCAUUUGAUCCAGUCUGUUGUUGCACUAGUGAAAAAAAAAGAAGAUAUUUCAGAUGUUUAUUAUAAGAGUGUUGUUUUUAAUGUUCAGCUAUUUCUCAGUAUUUGACAAAAUAUGAUGCACUUUUUUCCUGAACACUUUGGUCGUCAGUUACGUCAGAAACCACACAGGUUUCUGUCCGCGGGAUGCCUGGCGGCGUUUUGUGGUGUGGUAUGAAACCGGCUGUUCACUCACAAGUUCGGUCUCAUGGCAAGAAGAUUUCAGAAAUACAACGAUUACAUAUGAACUUCUAUGCGUGAACAGACGUACAGUUAGCCUCUCUACUCUUGCACCAUCUCUCGUAUCUCAUCGCUUGGGAAGUUAAAGAUUGAAACUGAUUCAACUACAUUGAAGUGCUUUUUAGGUUCAUUGCCAAUAUGACCUUAUGCUCACCUGUGUAUUCUUUACCGUCUUUGUUUUAGCUUUUGCAUUAUUACUGUAGAUUUCAUGCUCAUACUAACAGUGCAUUUGCUUUAUUGUGAAAAUGGACCUGCUGAAGACGUUACAGAGCCUGUGUACUCUGAAACUGCAGAUUAGAGGUGCCAAGUACGCCAGAAUAAUCUUUGGCUUACAUCUCCAUUCUCUGCCUCUCCAAAUAUAAAGCAGAAUAAUUUAUUUUUUGAUUCAGAACUGAAGCAUCACUUAUAAACCACGGUGCUUCAUCAUUUGAAAGUUUGAAAUCAGGCUUCAUUCCUCCUCUGUUGCAGUUACACCCAUUUAUCAUACUGUGCAAUUGAAAAACAGUGUCUGAGUGUUCAUGUACCUCUCUGUACAUAUUUUAUGUAUGAAUGAUUGUACUCUGCCCAUUCAUCUGAAUAGUAUUUUACACAUUACCUCAACACUUAUCUGGGCAAUUAAGUGUGCAGUUUGUCUUUGUACUUUUUUCAUUUUUGACCGCCAUCGACAGGUACGCCAGUUGAUCCACGAACUUCAUCCAUGUUGCUACAACGACAAAAUGGAUACCAUUGCUGAAAAACCGUUCCCAAAAGAUGAUCAGCCUUCUACGAUGACUGCAAUAGAUGGAAAUGUUUUACAACUCAUUUUCACUCAUUUGUUGUCAUCAAUAAAAAUUGCUUUAAAUUA